UGUCAACAUGGCGUGCGGGCAAAACAAGACGUUUGUUGCGGGAAGUUUUAGAACAGUUUUAAACGUUUUAGUAUUUUUAUACGUGCUGUGUUUCAUGUGUGAGUCGGUUCGUGCUGAAAUACGAACAGCAGUUAUUGACAAACAAACCGGACAGCUGAAUGUCCUGGAAGGAUACCGAGAGAAUUUUAUUGCCUGGGCCAACUUCACUGAUGACAUUAAAACCUCAGGGUGGUCUUUCUUGGAGAUCACUACCAGUAGUCAGUACAACGACAGUAUCCAGGCUUAUGCUGCAGGUGCAGUGGAGGCUGCAGUCACAUCUCAGCUCAUCUAUAAGCACUGGAUGAACACUCUGAUGGGAUACUGUGGGCCCUUCACGAGUCAGACCGGUUACUGUGAGCGCCUUAAGGCUUUCAUCUCAACCAAUCUGCAGUGGGUUCAGGACCAGAUAGAGAAACAGCCAAGUUCACCCUACUGGUACCAGGUGCGUCUGGCCCUGCUGCAGCUGAAAGGUCUUGAGGACAGCUACAAUGAAGAGCUGUCAUAUCCAGAGGGGCCAAUCUCCUUCAACCCGUUUGGCUUCCUACUUUUCCAACUGGGCGGGGAUCUUGAGGACUUGGAAUCGGCUCUAAACAAAUCCAGCGAAACUAGACCCCUUGGAUCUGGUUCCUGCUCUGCUCUCAUUAAGCUGCUACCAAACAAAAAGGAACUGCUGGUGUCACAUGACACAUGGAACACCUACCAGGCCAUGCUGCGCAUUAUGAAGAAAUACAACUUUGCCUUUAAAGUCUCUCCUUCAGGCAAUGAUCUUCUUCCUGGGGGAACCCAGGCAUUCUCAUCUUACCCUGGAUCUAUCUUCUCUGGAGAUGACUUUUAUAUCCUAAGUAGUGGCUUGGUUACUUUGGAGACCACCAUUGGCAACAGCAACCCUGCUCUCUGGAAGUUUGUUCAGCCCACAGGAACCGUCAUGGAAUGGCUGAGGAACAUUGUGGCUAAUCGACUGGCUGCUACUGGCAAGGAAUGGGCCGAGAUAUUCAGAAAGUACAACAGUGGAACGUAUAACAACCAGUGGAUGAUCGUAGACUAUAACCACUUCACUCCAGGGAAGACCGAUAUUAAAGAGGACCUGUUUGUUGUGCUGGAGCAGAUUCCGGGACUUGUUGUUUACACUGAUAAAACACAGGAACUGCUGGAGAAAGGGUACUGGGCAAGUUACAACAUACCGUACUAUGUGGACAUAUUCAAUGCCAGUGGUUGUAAUGAGCUUGUUGAGAAGUACGGCCCAUGGUUCUCUCUGGACCAGAAUCCUCGGGCUCAGAUAUUCAGAAGAAACCAGACAGAUGUCACAGAUGUGGACUCAAUGGUCCGCCUCAUGAGGUAUAACAACUUUAAGGAAGAUCCACUGUCAAAGUGUGAAGACUGUAAUCCUCCUUCAAAUGGGGAGAAUGCGAUCUCAGCUCGUUCAGACCUGAACCCAGCUAAUGGAACAUAUCCUUUUGGUGCCUUAAGACAGAGACCACAUGGGGGAACAGACAUGAAGAUGACCUCCUACGAGAUGUUCCGAGAGUAUGGCAUGGUUGCAGUGAGUGGGCCAACCUGGGACCAGGUGCCACCCUUCCAGUGGAGCACUUCGCCCUACAAAGACUUAAUGCACAUGGGUCACCCUGAUACUUGGACAUUUAAGCCUAUAAAAGUCACCUGGACUCCCUAAUUUUUACCAUAUAAGUGGCUUAUAGCUGCCACCUGUGUUGUUUUAAGCUUUGACAAAGGGAAAUGGUACUUUAUUUUAGAUUUACAACUUUUAUGAACACAAUAGUCAUUGAUUCUCAGGAGAGUUGAGAUAAGAUUUUGGGAGUAUUGCACUAUUUGCAUAGUUAAAGCAUCGGAGUUUAAAGAGAGCUUUGAAUGUGAGGCAGUAUAACAAAGAAUAAUAAUUUCACAAGACUGCUAUUGGAAAGUGGGAGCUUCCAUGUUAGAUUAUAUGUGAUUUUCAUGUUUUGUUUUAAAGAUUUGAUUUCUCAUGCUAAAUAUGUAAAAAUGCAAAUCAUUUACAUUCUGAUAGCUUAAUGAUUUAUUGGAAUGUUAAAAUGUUGCCAUAGCUAUCACCAAGUACUAAUAUUGAUGCAGAUGCUAAUUUUCUGUCACACUAAUGUCUUGAGUUUUUGAGUAAUUCUGUUACUUGAUGAAUUAAUUUUAUAUUUUUAAAAUAUUUUCUAAAUAAACAGUGCCCUGAUUGUUGCAUUAAAAAAA